CGUUCACCCUUGCUCUCUUGACGUGACGCACGUUUUCGGCACGAGCUGCGCACCUGACGUCAGACGCUAAAGUUUCCCGCCCUGCAGCAACUUUUUACCACAGCUCCUCUUCACCACGGAUAACUCUCCAGUUACCGACUACAUGUCCUCCACGUACUCGUGGCGUCCGUUAUCAGCCUUAUUUGCCUUCAGGACCCUCUGUCAGCAAACCUCGCAGUACCUCUCCUGGGAGAUCAUUCCUGCUCGACCCAGGCUACUUGGUGCCAAAACAGAUUUACAGAGGGGAAUUCACUGAGCAGGGAUUGGAGUAAAAAGAAUCACCUGUAACUAGUUAAAAAAGGCCCAAAAGCCAUCCAUCCCUCUUCUGAAUCAAAUUCUCAGGGCAAAGAAAUGGAAUGGAAGACAAACAAUUCUCUUCAUCACAAGCCAGCAUCGUCCAAAUCAUGUGACGCUGUUUGUUGGUGUCAGCAAUUGUGGCAUAAAGUAUGCUUUAACUGCAGGUUACAGUGUCCUGUCAGUCUCUUUUCCUCCUCCCAUCACGAUCAACCUUGCAGAGCUUAAAGAUUAAACAAAAUGAUGUUCAGUAAGUGGAGUUUCCUCCAAACUGAUCUUCAAUCCUGAACAUCACCAGCUCUGGAGAAGAUUAGGGGUUAAGUAACCCCCUGGAGUGAACGCAGGAGAGAGAGGGAGGAAACCACACAACAAAAACACUAUGUCAGGCAACACACUUCAGAAGGAAUUACAUAUUACAAAUAAUUACGGUCAGAAAUGAGUAAAUAGUGUUUAGAGCUGGCCUGUCACCUGGCCCUUGGAAAUGCUUCUUCCAGUGUUUUCAAGAGCCGCAUUGUGGCUGCCUACAGCGUUCUCGAGAGCCAUUCAUUCAAUCCUCUUCACACCCGACACCACACUCCCCUGGGUCCUCAGCAAUACACCAGCCAAGUGUGAAGUAGAUCAGUUCAAGAGUUUGAGGACAAAGUUUGGAGUGGUUGCCUUGGCUGCUUUGAGUGGAAAAGGAGGAUGACUGUCCGUCAGCAGCCAGAGUUGACUCAGGUUUUCAACCUUACAUCAGCUGUGCAGGAGGCAGACAAAUCUUGACGACCACCAGUUUAACCUCGGCAGGGCAAACCUUGCUCUUCUCUGCCACCUGAGUGGUAAAUGGAAAGCUCUCUCUGGACCAACAGCUCCCACACCACACAGAUUCUACUCCAGAAGGACUCCCUGGAACUCCCUGUGGACUCGCGGGUAUCCCUACACUGCAGUCCUGGAAACACACCAACCUGCUCCACGGCGAGGGAGGGACACAGUCCGGGGAGGGACGCCGCCUCCCUGCCCGGUAAAAAGGCGCCGCACCCCGCAGCCGCGGCCAGAGCACCGCGUCCCCCCCGGCGGAAGAGACGCGAGUCCAGCUCGCAGGAGGAGGAUAUCAUUGAUGGAUUUGCUAUCACCAGUUUCAUCAGCCUGGACCGUCUGGAGAAGAAGACAGGAGUUGUGAAGACACAGGAGAAGAAGGAGCGGUGGAAGGAGAAAAAGAUGGCGAAGCGGCAGAAGGAAGACGAGGAGGUGGGUGAGGAAGAGGAGAAUGUGCAGCCGGUGGUGGAUGCUCUGGAGAAUGGCUUCCUGCAUCACGCGCAGCGGGAGCAGGAGAGGAUGAACGAGAGGCUGCUGAAGAAGACAUACUCCAAGAAGAACAAAAUGAUCAAACCCCUGGCUCUACGUCCGGUCAAAGUCAGCGAGGACGAGACGGUGCAGGAGCUCAGCCGACCGCACAGGAGCAAUUCUAAGGAGCAGCUCAGUGAGAGUUCCACUCACUCGCUGUCAGGCCGCGGCUACUCGGUGCAGCCAGCAGCAGUGGCCCUCCUCAAGUGUGACAGCGAGAGUGACAUUGACGGCAAGGUGUCUGAUGUAGGAUCAGAGAAGCUCUUUUCUCCCACCACACCCAAAGGUGUGCCCACGAAUGAGAUCCCCGAGUCAAAGACUUGCAGCUCAGCCAAAGUUUCAGGUCUCCAGCGCAGUCAGGAGCAGAGCAACAGUGAGGUGCUCUUCACGCCUCCCGUGCCUAGCCCCAUCCCGGCUUCGGCACCUACGGGCUCCCCUGCCCCGGCUGCAGCGGCGGCCCCCCUUGAGCCCCCUAGGUCCCGCCUCCCAAGCCCGCCUCCUCUCAGUGUCAAGAGGGAGCAGCAGCAACCUCUGCCCCCUAUCCCCACCCCUCCCUUGUUGAGGGCGCCACCUCACCCCCAUCCCCACCCCCAGCCCCACCCCCCUCACCCACACGCACACCAGGAGCCUCGUGUCCUUCCGCCCUUGCAGCACCACGUGCGGCCAGUAAUCAGCCACCAGGUGCACCACCCGCUGUACAGCAGCCUCCACGACAUCAGCCACAGCGGCAGUCCAUUGGGUCUUCCCAAACACCACUUGCCCCCCUCCCCUCACCAUCACCUCAGCGGGCUCCCCUCGUCAGCCCCCGCCUUGCCUCUGUCCAUAGCAAACCUCUCUACCUCGCACUAUUCCUCCCUACGGAGCCCGGCCCAUCGCCAUCCGGCCAUGUUUGCAACCCCAGCCACACUGCCGCCACCACCAACCUUACCAACCAACAGUUUAGUCGUGCCUGGGCACCCCGCUGGCACCCCCUACCCAGAGCAUGACCUCCUGAGGCAAGAGCUGAACAACCGCUUCCUGGUUCAGAGUUCAGAGCGGGGCCGGGGGCCGUCCGCCUCCCCGCUGGCCCCCGCAUCGCUCCUGAGGGCUGAAUUUCACCAACAUCAGCACAUGCACCAGCACCAACACACCCACCAGCACACCUUCACGCCCUUCCCCGCCAGUCUGCCCCCGGCCGCCAUCCUCACCCCGCCCACCGCACCUCCCAUGGUGCGUACCCAGGCCAGAAAUUUCGACAAAUACACCCCCAAACUGGACAAUCCAUUCAUCAGACAUUCAAACUUCUUCCCCUCCUACCCCCCCACCAUGCCAGGCAUGCCCCCGCUGCUCCCACACUCAGGACCCUUCAGCUCGCUGCAAGGAGCCUUCCAGCCCAAGGCAUCUAAUCCCAUCGACGUAGGGGGUCGUCCUGGAGCGGUACCUCACACACUCCUACAGAAGGAUCCACGGAUAACAGAUCCAUUCAGGACAUCUGUUAGGAAACCUGGCAAGUGGUGUGCAGUGCAUGUCCAGAUCGCAUGGCAGAUCUACCACCACCAGCAGAAAAUGAAGCAAAUGCAGCUGGAUCCUCACAAAAUUGACAUGAAUGGAAAGCUGGACCUGUUCAGUCGACCCCCAGCUCCGGGAGUCUUCCCCGGGUUCCCGUACCCUCAUGACCUGGCACGACCCCUCUUCUCUUCAACAGGCUCCGGCCACCCAGCUCCCUCUCCAUAUGGCCCUGCCCCUCAUCCAGGCGGCUUCCUGCCUCCUAGCCAUUUGGCAGAUCCUUUCAGUCGCUCCAGUUCCUUUGGCGGCCUCGGCAACCUUUCAAGCAGUGCCUUCGGAGGAUUAGGCAACCCCACGCUUGGGUCCAACAAUAUGUUUGGCACCAAGGAGGGGCCAGGAGGACUGCCUACGUUUGGCAGCCCCCACCACGACACCUGGAACAGACUUCGACGCACCCCGCCGUCUUUCCCCACCCCACCGCAGUGGCCCAAAACCGCAGAUGCCGAGAGAAGCAGCUCAGCCAACAGCCAUGAGAGAGAGAGGGAAAGGGAACGGGAAAGAGAGAGAGAGCGGGAGAGGGAAAGGGAGAAAAGAGACUCGUCCAUCGGGAAGGAGGAGAAAGACAAAGACAGGGAUUCUGUGGAUCGCAACCGCCACUCCAACCGUUCAUCUCCGGCCUCUGCACCCGUCAGCUACCAAAUCAGCAGCCUGAUCCGUUCAAACAGCCAGAACUCCAGUGACUCGGGUCGACAUCACAGUGGCAGUGUGGAUCGGGUCCGAGAGGCGGAGAAGGAGCUUCUGGAGCGCCACAGAGAGUCUUCCAACAUGGCUGACGUGAAGGUGAAGGAGAGCCGCUCACCCAGCAAGGAGAUGUUAGAGAGGAGAUCAUCAGAAGACUCAAUCAAACCCAUCCAGCGUUCUCCUUCUCCCUACUCGAAGGUAGUGAUCAAUGAGCAGGGACUGAAGAUGGCAGGUGGGCCUCCACCUACACUCAAGGACAGCGAGAGAAAAGAGCCCUCACCUGCGGAGCUCCUUCACAAGGUGAAAAAUGACAUGAAGAUUAAGGAGGAGAGGAAAGAGGAGCAGGAUGUCAUGGUGGUGAGCUCUGAGCCGGCCCCACAACCACAGGCCCACAGUCUUCCUAUUCCCAGCAGCCAACAUAUGAACCCACAUCACCACCACCCACCUUUGUCACAGCACCAUCUCCCCUCGCCACGUGGCAAUGAAAUGCCUACACCCGGCCUACACCCCAUGGCUCACUCCCUCCCCCUUUCCAUGAGUGCCAUGCCUCAGAUGGGUAGCCUUAACGUGCUGGACCGGGCUCGCAUGGCUCCAUUCAUGGGAGUGAGUCCUCUGGCAGGGAGAGAGCGCCUACCCCAUCCCGCCUUCCCUUGGGACCCCCUUAGAGAGGCGUACCGCAGUCUGGACCUGCAGCGGCGCAUGGACUUCCAGCUCAGGGCGGAGCAGGGACACCGCUUCCCCAGUAUGUACGAGCAGGAACGAGCCUACAGAGAGAGGGAGGCUCAUGACUACUCGCACCAUGAACACCUGCUGGAGGUGCGCAGAGAGCACGAGAGGAUGAGACAGCAGGCAGAGGAGCGAGAACGCCUCCAUCUUAGAGAAGAGCUGGACAGAGCACGCCUCCAUCAGCUGCACCAGUCCCCCAUGGAAGGCCAUCUACCGCACAUGCCCCCUUUUAUGCCUCAUCUAGGCGGCAUGCCCUACCCCAGACUCAGCCCCUCCACAGGACACAACGGCCCCCUGAACAGAACGCCACCCACUGCUGCACUUAGUGCGCCCCCACCACUGGUGCCAGCUGGCAGUGCCAGGCCAGCCUCACCCAGGAGGACUACCCCCCUCACUACCACCCAGGACCCAAGAGACUACUCCCCCUCUCGCAACCCCAAAGAGGUAGAGGCUCGGUAGCUUCAUGGAAAAGUGCAAAAGUCUCCCAGACGCACUCAUGACCCCCCUCCCCUAAUCUGAAAUAUUCUUCUGAACAAAAUGCACUGCUCCUCUCUAGAGAGGGGCAACACUCCCUAAGGGAAAGGGUAUGAUUGUACAAAGUAAAGGUGUGUACGGCUGAUGAAGCACAUGCCAUGUCUUUAUUUUUAGUGGACUGGAGGUUGAAUUAUGUCGGUAAAGAGAACACAAAUAUGUGUAAGUUUAUAUCCGACUUAAAUAUUUGAUAAUUAUUAAUAUAUUAAUCCAAUACCUUUUUUCAGCUUUGUGCGAAAAAGGAGGUCCUGAAAUGAGUUUGUACAUUUCCUAUCCUUGUUCCAUGUAUAGAUAUCAUUUCUAUAAAUUGUAUGUAUUUUGUGCAUUCGUCACGCCUUUUACAAUAUUUAUCCCAGUUGAUUGUGAGACAUAUCCAGUAUGACCCACUGUAAAGACUGGACUUUGGUUUCAACCAUCAGUAAUUUAACCUCAUGGUACCAGGAUAUCCUCAAUGAUGACAAUGUACAAUGUUACAUGACCAGUUUGUUUUAUUUGUUUCGCCUUUGAGAUAUGCAGAUAAAUAUAUAUAAUGAGGUCUUUGUUCGGUCUCUGUAAUAAACUGGUGUAAAUAACUUGUUGAUAUUCCUUUGCUGCAAAAUGACUGUGUACAUUUAUUAGUCUUUUUAACCGUUUCUAGAAAAACAAAAUGAAAUGAAACACGGGAGUCGAUUCCCUGUUGAGUAUCAAGGCAACAGACAAGCCUGGCCAAUGGAAGGAAGGACAUGAGAGGGUGUUGUAAGGGGGCCUCGAAGGAUCAUCUGCAAUCUAUGCAAAGCAGCACACAGCACCCUAAUGAAGAGAUCACAUGGAGGGAGCGGACGAUUCCGGCGAUAUUGAGAGAAACUUGGAUUAAUACAUGUUUAUAUUAUCAAUGAAAUAAUGAUGGGAUUAUUAACAGACUUCCAAGUCACAAACUGGACCAGCCCCAGACAGAACAGAAGGACACUUUUCAGUGAGCGGCAAAAGGACUUUCUCUGUCAACCUUGUGGUGUUGUGCAGUUGUUUUUCUUAGACUCUUGUAUACAAAACAAGUAGAGUUUUAGGCGUGCAAAAAAAUGAAAAUGAACAUUCAUGGUUUAAAAUGUACGGAAUAAAGUUUGGACCUAAUGUCAUA